AUAGCUGUGCAGCUACUUUGAGGUGGCAGCUCCACCUCCUUUGCCUUAUUUACAGAGCAACCAUAUGCUCGAUCUAAAAGGAGCAACCAUUCAAAAAAUGACCCUGCUGCUGGAGGGGAGUUGGGAGAGCAGCGGCUGAUGCUAACAGGAGCAAUGUGGCAGCUGCUGUGCAUAAAAGUGAUGGGGCCGAGGGGCUGCUGGGCUCACCAUGAAGUCGAGCGGGGGUGCUGCAUCCGACCUGGAGGAACUGGAGAGCGGCAGCAGCGAGAGCAGCUCCGGAAAAUCCUUGACUUCCACCGGAGCCCAAGGGAAGCGCAAGCGGAAGAGCCCUCGGCUGAGCGGGCUGAGCAAGCAGAGGCAAGCUGCCAAUGCCCGGGAGAGGGACCGAACCCACAGCGUGAACACAGCCUUCAGCACCCUCCGCACCCUCAUCCCAACCGAGCCUGCAGACCGCAAGCUGUCCAAGAUAGAGACCUUGCGCCUGGCCUCCAGCUACAUCUCCCACCUGGCUAACAUGCUGCUCCUACAGCAGCAGCAGCAGCAGCCACCACAACAGAGCGAGAGCUUGGGGGAGGAACAGCUGCCUUCAAGGCAGCCCUGCUUGCAAUACCAGCCUCUCCUGCAGGGCGGCGGCACAGCAACGGCACCAAGACCAAUCUGUACUUUCUGCCUGAGCAACCAGAGGAAGCUGCACAGAGAAAGGGAGAAACACUUGUCUCUUUAAAAGCAUUGUGGACAUUGAUUCAGAAGAGAAGCUUGCACAAAUACCGGACUGGUUAUAGAACAGUUGUAGAUGCUGAGGGAAGCCGUCAUGUAACUUUGUACCCAUGGUACUGAAAUGAGCAAAGCACCCCGAUGUCAGCUUCAGAACAAACCCAUCUUUGGCCAUGUGAACGUAGCCACAGGCUUGCACCACAGCUCUGCUGCCAAAUCAGCUUAGCCAAAUGGCUCUGGAGGGAGAUGCAGCCAAACUGAGAGGAGGUUCUCCACUUAGGCCUGAAACUUGAGAAGGGCUGUCGAGUGACUCAGGCCAAUUCUUGAAACAGUGUGGGAUCUUUCUAAAUUUGUUCAUCAUUGAAGUGUGGAGCAGGGAAAGUUCCCAAGGGCCCUCUAAAUUUAUCUGCUCUCCUUGGUUACUCGCAAGUUGUGCCUGUACAUUAUCACUGGUGCUACAGUAUCUGACUGCUGGUCGUCAUGUAAGCCUGCAAUCUUUAUUUUGAAUUAAGCUGAGCAAGUUUUGGGAGGGUUUUUUUAAGCCACUUUUCCAAACACGGGCAGAAUAAUAAAGCAAAACAA